CCCUUGUUGGCGGUUACCAGGGUAACUGUUUGUUGUCGGUGUAGCGUUCAGACAUCAGAGUUUUGAAGAUGCUGCUGAGAGAAAGAAGAACAAAAUGUGGAGAGUUUACAGGACCGACGCCUCAUUCAGUGGCUGUGAGUGCAAAGUUCCCGUCCCUGAGGCCGCCAGACCACCUGAUCCUGGACAGACGGAGACAGGAAGAGACUCGAGACCAAGUCCUCCAGUUCUCAAAGAACCAGCAGACCUGCGACAUCAAGAACUCGUGGCUGAAAAGCUCAGACAACCGAUUCCUGAGGGGAACCGUUGAGAGACGAGUCCGAGACGCUCUGGACCAGCAGGAGGUCCAAAUUGACCACAGGAGAGAGAGGCUGAGGGCUCUGUUGGAGGCAGAGGAGCAGCAGCUCCUGCAGGAGAUGGAGGAGAAGGUGGAGACGUCAGUGGAGAGACAGGCAAAGAUGAGAGAGCGAGCUAAAGCCCUGAGAGAGCGGAGAGAGAGAGAUCGACAGCAACUGGUGUCAGAAAAGAUGGAGCACCUCUUCAGGGAGCAGUGUGAAGAGCUGCGGACCACCCUGAGCCACCGCAGGGAGCAGCAGGUGUGUGCAGAGCGAGCUGCUCAGGUGAGGAGUAAGCAGGAGCAGCUGCAGCGGGAGCAGGAGGAGGAGAAGAUGUUCGACGAGCUGUGGGAGGCAGACCGACGCGCCAAAGAGCAGCGAGAGGUGCAGAGAGCACAGCUUCAGCAGCAGAGAAACAAGCAGCAGCUGGACGUCAUCAAGACACAGAUGGAGGCUGCAGAGCAACAGAGACAAAAACACAGAGAGCUGAGAGAGGAGGAGGCCAGGCUCAUGUUGCAGCAGCAGGAGAUGCAGCAAUUGCAGCAGCAGCGGCAGCAGCAGCAGCGUCUCAGUGAUCAGCAGAGUCGUCGCCGUCAGCUCGAUAAGAGUUUGCGUCUGAAGAUGAAGCGUUUGUCUCGGGAGCAGCAGGACGAGUUGCAGCUGGACAUGAACAUCCUGCAGACGCUGCUGCAGCAGGAGACCAACGAGAGACAGGAGGUUGCUCAGAGGAAGGUGGAGCUGCGUGAGGAGCAGCAGAGGUACCGUCAGUAUCUGUCUGAGGAGCUGCAGAGGCAGAGGAGGGAGGAGGAGGAGGCGGGGCAGCUGAUGGAGGAGAAACUGAAGGAGGUGUGGAGCAAACGGGAGGAGCAGAGCCGACUGCAGAGAGAGGCUAGAAACCGUCUGAUGGAGGAGGUGAUGGAGGCUCGCCGUCUGCAGAUACAACACAAACUGCACCUGAACCUGCAGAGACAGGUGGAGCUGUCGUCAGAGAGGGAGGAGCUGAACAGAGCGAUGGAGGAGUUGAAGCUGAUGGAGGACGAGGAGAAGAUACGGCAGAAGCAGACUCAGGAGGCAUACCUGUCAGACCUGCAGGCUCAGGUGAAGCUGCAGCAGCAGGUGCAGUCCAAUCAGAGAGCUCAGGUUCAGAGGGAGCACCUGCAGGGUCUGAUCCAGCAGGAGGCCUACAACCAGAGGAGAGACCAGAUCCUGUCCAGGCCCCUGUCCCAGACCUCCGCAGCCCCACCUCACCCCUUCAGACGAGCAGGGGGGUCCAGGUCCGCCUCCUGACUCCGCCCCUCAGAACACCUGACUCUGCCUCCUUCAGUCUGUGUUUAAAUAAAGAACAGUGAAAUGUA